AAACUUCGAUAUUUUACAGCGCUAACGUCAGCUGUCAGUCGAAUCAUUUUUCACGGCUUAUAUUGUGCGCUGCAUUAUUAUUGCAUUUCCUUGAAUCCAUAGCGGUUGCGUAGCAUAUGCGUGGAUCGGUCGUGGUACUUAAAUGUGGCACGUAUCCGGUGCAGUAAGAGUCAAUUGACCAGUAGGCAGUACAACCAGUGACUAUGUCGUUUGUGGGCGGGGGAGGGUGUGGGGGCCAGGACGUACACAAGUUUGUGGAUGCGCUGCAGGCGGAUUUUAAGACCCUAUCGCUGGAAACCAAGAAGAAGUAUCCUCAGAUAAAGGAGGCAUGUGAGGAGGCCAUUUCUAAGCUCUGUACAGCCGGCAGCAGCCAGCAAAACUCGGUAUACUACACCGUCAAUCAGAUACUCUAUCCACUGGUGCAAGGAUGCGAAACCAAGGACCUAAAGAUCAUCAAGUUCUGUCUGGGAAUGAUGCAACGACUCAUCACCCAGCAGGUGGUGGACCAGAAGGGCGCUCUCUACAUCACCAACGCAUUGUGGACUUUGAUGGAGAAUAACAUCGAGGAGGUGAAGGUGCUGCAAACGGUGACCCUUUUGCUAACUACUAAUACAGUGGUGCACGGCGACACCUUGGCCAAGGCCCUGGUUCUGUGCUUCCGGCUGCAUUACACAAAGAAUCCGACGAUUGUAAAUACAGCGGGUGCAACUAUUCGACAACUGGUGUCGCUGGUGUUCGAGCGAGUCUACCUGGAAAAAGAUUCGGUUUCUAGCCUCCAGCAGCAGCAGCCUAGUGGUUCGCCAUCCGAGGGAGAGGGCGCCGGUCAGGAAGUGCAGACCUUUGCCUCGGACGCAUUCCUGCUGUUCCAGGAUCUCGUGCAGCUCGUAAACGCUGAGCAGCCUUAUUGGCUGGUGGGCAUGACAGAGAUGACGCGCACCUUUGGCCUGGAGUUGCUCGAGGCAGUGCUGACCAACUUCAGUGCAGUUUUCCACGAGAGCAACGACUUCCGAUUGCUGCUUAAGGAACGAGUCUGUGCCCUGGUCAUAAAGCUAUUUUCGCCAAAUGUCAAACAUCGUCAGCUGCCUGCACCAAGCAAUGGAAAUGCUCCUGCACCUGCUGAGAAACCAUAUUUUCCCAUCAGCAUGCGCUUGCUGCGCCUGGUGGCAAUACUUAUACAGAAAUACCAUACUAUAUUGGUAACCGAGUGCGAAAUCUUCCUGUCGCUGAUUAUUAAGUUCUUGGAUCCCGAUAAGCCGGCCUGGCAGCGAGCUCUUGCCUUGGAGGUCAUACACAAGCUGGUCACGAGAUCCUCGCUUAUAGCAUUUUUCUGCAAGUCGUACGAUUUAAAGAACCAUGCCACCAAUAUUGUGCACGACAUGAUUGCCGCUAUGGGUAGCUAUGUGAGGUAUUCCUUGUACAAUGCCUCGGCUAUGCUAAAUGGUCAGCAGAACGGAAUGGCCAAUUCGUUGACCGCCUUGUCGGGAAAUAAUCAAUGUGGAUUCAUGUUCCGAGGAGCUUACCUCCCUCUAGUGGCCACCUAUGCCCCAGGAGUCUCAAAAGCUGUUUACUUGGAAAUGCUAGAUAAGCUAGAUGCUCCAAAUAUUCCUGACAGCUAUGGCAUCUCGGUGGGACACGCCAUACUCCUAGAUAUAACACGUUCUAUUGGAGGCGUCAUUCAGCGAACACCGGAGCUUCAUCCAAGCCACAACACAGCAGUGAUAACGGAGGAGGAGCACAAGCCACUUUGUCUCCAACUGGUGAACUCCAGCUGGUCUGGCCUUCUCAGCGCUUUUAUUCCAUUGGUGGAAACCUCUAUCGAUGAGGCCACCACGGAGAACAUCCUCAAGGCUAUGCAAAACUAUGCAGCUCUAUGCGGAAUGCUGGAACAGCUACAGCCACGAGACGCCUUCAUCAUGGCUAUGUGCCGUGCCUCUUUUCCGCCCCACUAUGCCAUGUCCAUAUUUGCCAACACCACGCAGGCGGAUGGUGAAUUAAGAUGUCAUACGCGCAGCGGUAGUCAGGAUCUGAGCAACCAAUUCAUUAACAACUGCAGUGGCGAUUCGGGAGACUUUCGACCUCAAAUUGUGGCGGUGGGCACACCCCUGCCAUCUGCCUCUCUUCCCCAUAGUGUUAUGCAGGCACCGGUGAUGCUGACCAACAAAAAUCUACAGUGCAUGCGAGCGAUCCUUUUCCUGGCGCACAACAACGGUGGAAUACUGGGCACCUCGUGGCACAUAGUGCUUCAAACUCUCCAGCAUUUAGUAUGGAUCCUGGGCUUAAAACCAUCUACAGGAGGAAGUCUUCAGGCUAUGCCAAAGCCAGCGGUAGAGGCAAAUGUGGGCAUUCAAACGGCAGUGAUGGCUGAUCUUCCGGUUUUGUCACAAAUGCUAAGCCAAUUGUUUGAGUCCAGUCAGUAUCUGGACGAUGUCGCGCUGCAUCAUUUGAUUGAUGCUCUAUGCAAACUGUCCCACGAAGCCAUGGAGCUGGCCUACGCCAAUCGGGAGCCUUCCCUCUUUGCGGUAGCCAAACUGUUGGAGACAGGUCUAGUGAACAUGCCUCGCAUUAAGGUAUUGUGGCGGCCGCUAACAAAUCACUUGCUGGAGGUGUGCCAGCACAGACACAUUCGCAUGAGGGAGUGGGGCGUGGAAGCUAUCACCUACCUGGUUAAGUCCGCACUUCAAUUCAAGCACAAAACACCUCUUAAGGAUAACAUGGAACUACAAACCAUGCUGUUGAGUCCGCUCUCUGAGUUGUCUACUGUUUUGCAUGCAGACGUACGGCAACGACAGCUGGACUGCGUCCUUCAGAUCCUGAAUACGGCCGGGGAAAUUCUCUCAUUUGGCUGGCCGGCGAUUAUUGAGAUCAUUGGGGCUGUAAACGAGCACCAUGGCGAGCCCUUGAUCCGCACAGCAUUCCAAUGCCUUCAGUUAGUUAUCACAGAUUUCCUGACUGUGAUGCCGUGGCGAUGUCUACCUUUGUGCAUCAGCACGGCUGCUAAAUUUGGCUCCCAAACCCAGGAACUGAACAUCUCCCUAACGGCUAUAGGUCUAAUGUGGAAUAUUUCAGAUUUCUUUAAUCAAAACCAGGACAAGCUUAUGUCUACUCAGCUGCAGGAUGUAUCCAUUCUGCCAGACUUUCCGGGCACGGUAAAGAUGCCGCAGUUCGAUAAGUUGUGGAUGUGCUUGUACGCCAAGUUGGGCGAGCUGUGUGUGGAUCUGCGUCCGGCGGUGCGUAAAUCGGCCGGCCAGACGCUCUUCUCCACCAUCUCCGCCCACGGCAGCCUGCUAAAUCCGCCCACGUGGCAGGCGCUUGUCUGGCAGGUUCUCUUCCCGCUGCUGGACAACGUGCGCGCCCUGAGCAGCUCGGCCAGCAACGAGAAGGUGGACGCCAGUGGCAACAUUCUCAUCCAUCACUCGCGCAACACUGCCCAGAAGCAAUGGGCAGAGACGCAGGUGCUGACCCUAUCGGGUGUCUGCAGAGUGUUUAACACAAAACGCGAGCUCCUUCAGAUGCUCGGUGACUUUGAACGAGCCUGGUCCCUAAUCCUAGAGUUCAUCCAGAAUGCGGCCUUGAGCAAGAAUGGGGAGGUAUCUCUAGCUGCUCUCAAGUCUCUUCAGGAGAUCAUGUACCACAACACUACAGAGCGAGCGGAAAGGGCUUUGAAGGACCCCCAGACGGCCCAAGAGCAGGAUGAUGAAAUCUGGACUAUUGCCUGGAACAUUUGGCUUAGCAUUGGUAUGGAGAGCACCAAGAUGUCUACGUCGACCUCAACGAAGCUGCAUCAGCAAAACAGCAAUAGCGGCGACAGUCAGGAUGACUUUUACAUUCCCAGUCAGGCCUUCCUCACCGCCUUGAUCCAAAUCUUCCCCGCCAUCUUUCAGCACAUACAAGUCAAAUUUAGUGCGGCUGACUUUGACAAAUUCUGCUCGGUCCUGACGAACGCUGUAUGUAUUCCCGUCCAGACCGAUGCGGUGCCCUACAUCAUGUCCACAGUGUCGGACACUCUCUUGACCCCACUGCACGAUGGAAUCCUCGAUUGCAUGGAACUGAUACAGAAGGUGGCCACAAAGACAGAUUCUCACAUCAGCCAGCUCAUUCCUGCCAUUUUCCGGCAGCUGCUGAUCUUCAGCAAGUUUGCCUGCGCACCGCCCACAUUCCAGCAGAGUGUGGAGCACAAGUAUGCCAAGUCCUCGGGCCACUAUGCCAACAAUGCCUCCGUUGAGGUGGUCAGCAUGAACUACAUACCGUUUGGAGAGAAGUCCAUCAGUAUUUGCGUGAAGCUUUAUCAGACAACGGCCACCGAGGAUCCGGUGGUGCAGGAGCAGAUCUUACACGAUAUCGUCAAGGCGCUGCGCACGCCGCUGGCUAUGAAGUACAAGUGCCUGUCGUCCAGCACUUGGAAACUGGCCAUUUCCAGUCUGAUAAGCGUGCUACACACGGGUCUCAAAGUGGCGCGGGCCAAGCCGCAGCAUUUCGCCAGCCUGUGGGACGACUUGGCCGACACUUUGGACAAGUUCCUGUUUCCGGCGAGUGUAUGCACCAUCGAAGAUCGCGGCCUGGAAGAGAUUGUACUAGACGAAACGAUCGAUUGUCAGGUGAUUGAGUUGCUGAGAGAUGAAGUAUUGCCUCAUGCCCACGAAAUGCCGCACCAGUUCAUCAUGCAGAUCGUGGUAUUGCUGAACAAGGGCUCUAUUCACUCCGCAUCGGAUACGAACAUCUGCUACGAGUCCGACUGGAAACUGCGCGAGAUUUUUGCCAAAACGUGCUUCGAGACGCUACUGCAGUUCUCUCUGCUAGAGGACCAUGCCAACACCAACAACAAUCGCCUCAAUGCCAAUUUGUUGGCAGCCGGAACAGCGGGAGCAGGUGGCAAGGACUUUGCAGGCAGGCUGGCAGUCACCGCUCUACUGCAUCGUUUCCAAGAGGUGCUCAAGCGUUUUAAUGACGACGAGAGACAAAGCGGCAAAUGCCCUCUGCCAAGGUUUAGACUGUCAGAGAUAUCGUUUGUGCUUAAAGCCAUUGCAACGCUUGUGGUAUCCAUGAAAAAAGCGCCAUCAUCCAAGGUGAACAAGCCAGCUUGGGAUCAGUUGAUUGGCUUGUAUCCAUACCUGGUGGAUUGCACCACAACAACGUCGCCGGAGGUUUCGCGAUCACUGCGAGAAGCACUGCUCCAGUACACGGAUCUGCUGCAAGCGCCUCGCACCUGCACAGGACCAACCUCAAACGACAAUGCAAUACAAUCGAAUGGACAAGAGUGAAAGUAUGCCUAGACACAGAGACUUAGUCUGGAUUUGGACUGGUGACAGCUGUGCGAUGUUUUUUCUUAGUUGUUUAAGUCGAAACGUUUGAAUAUAUUUAUUUUGUGCAUAAUUUAUGAAUGUUAAUCUUAGCCCUCCCUCGCAUAGAUGUAAUGACUAAGCAUCUAUGUACUUACAUACAUACCUAAACAUAUAUAUAUAUAUAUAUAUUUGUAAAAGUAUUUUGUAGUUGAGCUAUGAAGUAUAUAUAUAUAAUAGGUCUAUCUGGCGUUGCCGGGUAGCCGAAUAACCAAUUUAAAACCCUACAAACCGCUUGGCAAAGGGAAGUAACACAGACAGCAGAUUCCUUUAGUACCUUUUCGAGACGCAAAGACAAAGAACUAUAUUAGCUAUACAUAUACAAAUCUAACUACGAUCUAUUUGUGUAGCGCAUUUUAAAAUACAGACUUGCGUGUUAUCUGAAUCAAAUAUUAACCAUUAACCAUGAUGCAACCAACAACCAACUUUGUAGUGACGUUUUUAAAUAAAGCAAAAAUUAUUAUUACCAAACGA